ACCUGUUGAGUGUCGGAGGGAAGUGUUGAAGGGUGGGCGUGGGCACGCGCAGUGGAGAGUGUACGCUGCUUCUGAGAGUCACGCACAGACAUCCGUCCUGCUUGCGCUUUCCGCUGCUCACUUUAACCAGUUACAAGAUCUGAACAGUUUGAAGCCUGAAGAUGUCGAAGAUCUGCUCUUUGGUGUUUUUGACAUUUAUGUCCCUGGUGUUUGUAAAGGCGGAGGCCGAGGAAGAGGAUCCAUUUACAUUUGACUACCACAGACUGCGGGUUGGAGGCCUCAUCCUGGCUGCCGUCCUAUGUCUCAUUGGCAUCACUAUUCUGUUCAGUGGCCACUGCAGGUGCAAGUUCAACCAGAACAAGAGAACAAGAUCAGGAAGCAACGCUCAGCAGAUGCUCAAUGAGAAAGGUCAUGCCUGUGACUGCUAGACAACAACCUAAACACACCGAGUUCCCAAACAGCCGGCCAACAGAAACAACAGAGGAGCGGCAGCAGGAUUUAUAAGACCAAGCACAGGCCUUGGCUGCUAUUUAGAGAAAUCAACAGAAAGUAGUCGGCAUGCAACAGAUUUUCGGCGUGAAACCCUCUGUCUGACAACUGAGCUACUGAUCUGCAGCCUGCCUCUGUCUUACACUCAGACAUAUUGUACAUAAAACUGCGUCGCUUUCAUUUCACUCAGCUCAACUCUUCUGAACUGGAUAUCUGGAAUGAGCUGACACACCCAACAAUUUGUGAAAUCCUCCAAAACGAGAGGAAUAGUUUCACGGUUCAGUUUGAUUUGGCAGACUUGGCUGACUGAAAUGAAAGGGACUUUAAUAAUAAUGCAAUCGUAUCACCAAAAAUGAUCCUGAAGCUCCACAUAUACUGUAGGAUGUCAUUACUUCUGUCAUGUAUGCUGUAUGUGUGAGGUGAACAUUGAUGUAGAUAUUUUUAGUCUGUCACCAACCUAACCUGCAGUCCGUGCUUUCUGUCAAAUCCGUAAAAUCAGCGGCGUUCGUUUCCCAUGUCUCGCUUUAUAGAGGAAUGUAGUGGAUUGUAAUGUUAAAUGAGUCCUGUUUCUAUAAAAUAACAGUUAAAACAAAUAUAGGAGUGGAUCUUUCUGUGUUUGUUUUUUUGUACAUUGAUUAUGUGUGUGAUGUGAAAGUAGUUAAUUAAACCCAAUCCAGAGUAGGGAGAGCAGGAUCCUGCAGAACACAUAAUGACCACAAGAGAGAGCUGAUCAAAUACAUUUCACUGUUUGUCAUGGCAACAAACCAUAUUCAGAAACCAUAACACAUUUAAAAUGUACAACUUGAAUGAAAACAUUAAAAUACCAAUAAAAAUCAAA